AUGGAUGAGCCGGGUGUUCAACUCAGUCCACGCUUCGUAUUCUUUUUCGAGAGGUUUUUCUUUCUCUAUUGGAUUAUCACAGUGCCGUUCUACAUUUUACUGGUAUACUUUAUGAUUCGUGCUCAAAUCAAUAAAGUCACCAAUUUGACGAGUUCCUUCUACGUGUUGUGCAUAUCAACAGGAAUUAUCGACAUAGUUACCCUUAUUAACAACUACUUCGGUGCGGUAUUCCCGCAAUGGGGUUGGAUGGAAAAUGUCUACUUGGCUCUUGGUAAACCAUACCUAUACGUUUAUUUCAUCAUAACUUGGUCUACGGGUAUUAUGCAAGCGCUUUCAACGUCGCUGCUGGCUUCAAAUCGUCUUUCAGCCGUGCUGUUUCCUCAUCGCCACCACCAGGUGGGUAGUUGUGUAAAAUGUAUAUGA